CGUCCCAAAGGCCCAAGCGAAAAGACCAACCAAGAACUCCAGGCUAGUCCUGUUACCAGCCACUGCCCAGUUGCUCCGUAGCUCGACCGGCUUCGUCACUGCCAGUUACCCUUUUGGUGAAGAGAAAAACAGCGAGCGGAGGAUGUUCAAAGCCGUGCAGCUCGUUCUCAGGGAGACGGGCAGAGUCCACGGGUUGACGGCGUCAGGUUUCGUCAAUGGCUUCUCCACGGCCCCCAACUCUCAGAGGCUAGCUGGUAAGGUGGCGGUCAUCACCGGGGCCGCGAGCGGCAUUGGUAAGGCUACGGCCGUAGAGUUCAUCAGGAACGGCGCCAAGGUCAUCAUCGCCGACGUACAGGACGAGCUGGGCCGCUCGGUCGCCGCGGAGCUUGGACCGGACGCGGCCUACGUCCGGUGCGACGUCUCCGACGAGGCGCAGAUCGCCGCGGCUGUCGACCUCGCCGUGGAGCGGCACGGACACCUGGACAUCCUCUACGGCAACGCCGGCGUGUCCGGGUCCGUGACGCAGACCGCCGUGGGCGCCCUCGACCUCGCCGACUUCGACCGCGUGAUGGCGGUCAACGCCCGGUCGGCGGUCGCGUGCAUCAAGCACGGCGCGCGCGUCAUGGCGCCGCGCCGCGGCGGCAGCAUCCUCUGCACGGCCAGCGUGAUGGGCGUGCUCACCUUCGGCGCCCCGGCCCUCGCGUACGCCAUCUCGAAGGCCACCGUCAUCGCCGCGGUGCGCGCGGCCGCGGGCCCUCUGGCGCGCGACGGCGUGCGGGUGAACGCCAUCUCGCCGCACGCCAUUGCGACGCCGCUGGUGCUGCGGUCGAUGGCCGAGAUGUGCCCGGGCAUGAGCGAGGCGGCGCUGAGGCGGGUGGUGGAGACGGACUGGAGCGAGCUGGAGGGGGCCGUGCUGGAGGCGCAGGACGUGGCGAGGGCGGCGCUGUACCUGGCGUCGGACGAGGCCAAGUUCGUCACCGGGCACAACCUACUCGUCGACGGCGGGUUCAGCGCGCACAAAGCUGUCGGCAUGCCGUCUGUGGCGCGUUGA